ACUGACGUGAGACCACCACUCCUGUUUAAAAUGGGCCGGUGGCUUUGCGUGUAUAAAUACACUGCGAGGGGGCUAACGUGCGACUGCGGCGGUGUCUCUUCUGAUCUGGGAUACUUCUUUUAGAACUGUUUGAUUUCUCAAAGUAGCCAAGAUGGUGAAGUUCACAGCUGAAGAGCUCCGCCGUAUUAUGGACCUGAAGCAUAACAUCCGUAACAUGUCUGUCAUUGCACAUGUUGACCAUGGUAAGUCUACUCUCACCGAUUCUCUUGUUGCUGCUGCUGGAAUCAUUGCACAAGAAGUUGCAGGUGAUGUUAGGAUGACUGAUACCCGCCAGGAUGAGGCUGAACGUGGUAUUACAAUCAAAUCUACUGGAAUCUCUCUUUACUAUGAGAUGACUGAGGAGUCCCUUAAAAACUACAAGGGUGAAAGAAGUGGAAAUGAAUAUCUCAUUAACCUCAUUGAUUCGCCUGGGCAUGUUGACUUCUCUUCUGAGGUUACAGCAGCACUUCGAAUUACUGAUGGUGCAUUAGUCGUUGUCGACUGUAUUGAGGGUGUUUGUGUGCAGACUGAAACUGUUCUUAGACAAGCUUUGGGAGAAAGAAUUAGACCUGUAUUGACCGUCAAUAAGAUGGAUAGAUGUUUUCUAGAGCUUCAGGUUGACGGUGAGGAAGCCUACCAGACAUUCCAACGUGUCAUUGAGAAUGCAAAUGUUAUCAUGGCUACCUAUGAAGAUCCUCUUCUUGGCGAUGUCCAAGUAUAUCCAGAGAAGGGGACUGUUGCAUUCUCUGCAGGGUUGCAUGGUUGGGCUUUUACGCUUACCAACUUUGCCAAAAUGUAUGCUGCCAAAUUUGGAGUUGAUGAAUCUAAGAUGAUGGAGAGACUUUGGGGUGAGAAUUACUUUGACCCAGCCACUAAGAAGUGGACCAGCAAGAACACUGGAUCUGCUACCUGCAAACGAGGCUUUGUUCAAUUUUGUUAUGAACCUAUUAGACAGAUUAUUUCUACUUGCAUUAAUGAUCAGAAAGACAAAUUAUGGCCGAUGCUGCAGAAGCUUGGUGUGACCAUGAAAUCUGAAGAGAAAGAACUGGUUGGUAAAGCUUUAAUGAAGCGGGUACUGCAGACUUGGCUCCCGGCGAGCUCUGCCCUUCUUGAGAUGAUGAUCUUCCACCUUCCGUCUCCUGCCAAGGCACAGAGAUACCGUGUGGAGAACUUAUACGAGGGCCCUCUUGAUGAUAUAUAUGCCAAUGCCAUCAGAAACUGUGAUCCUGAAGGCCCUCUUAUGUUAUAUGUGUCAAAAAUGAUUCCUGCUUCAGAUAAGGGCAGGUUCUUUGCAUUCGGCCGGGUGUUCUCUGGCAGGGUUGCUACAGGCAUGAAGGUGCGAAUCAUGGGGCCAAACUAUGUGCCAGGUCAGAAGAAAGACUUGUACGUGAAGAGCGUCCAAAGAACAGUCAUCUGGAUGGGUAAGAAACAGGAGUCUGUGGAGGAUGUGCCUUGUGGAAACACAGUUGCUAUGGUUGGUUUAGAUCAAUACAUCACCAAGAAUGCCACUCUUACAAAUGAGAAGGAAGUCGAUGCACAUCCAAUCAGGGCAAUGAAAUUCUCUGUAUCUCCUGUUGUACGUGUUGCGGUGCAAUGCAAGGUCGCCUCGGACCUUCCCAAACUUGUAGAAGGCUUAAAGCGCCUGGCCAAAUCAGAUCCCAUGGUGGUGUGUACGAUGGAGGAGUCGGGUGAGCACAUUGUUGCUGGAGCUGGGGAGCUCCACCUUGAGAUCUGCUUGAAGGACUUGCAAGAGGAUUUCAUGGGAGGGGCAGAAAUUGUGGUAUCUGACCCAGUUGUUUCUUUCCGAGAAACAGUGCUUGAGAAGUCCUGCCGGACAGUGAUGAGCAAGUCACCUAACAAGCACAACCGUCUGUAUAUGGAAGCCCGACCCAUGGAAGAGGGGCUUGCCGAGGCAAUUGAUGAUGGGCGUAUUGGUCCAAGAGAUGAUCCUAAAGUGCGUUCUAAGAUCCUGUCAGAGGAGUUUGGUUGGGAUAAAGAUCUUGCUAAGAAAAUUUGGUGCUUUGGUCCUGAGACAACAGGUCCUAACAUGGUUGUUGAUAUGUGUAAGGGAGUUCAGUACCUGAAUGAAAUCAAGGACUCUGUUGUGGCUGGUUUCCAGUGGGCAUCAAAGGAAGGAGCAGUGGCUGAGGAGAACAUGCGUGCAAUAUGCUUCGAGGUCUGUGAUGUUGUUCUGCAUGCUGAUGCAAUUCAUAGAGGUGGUGGACAGAUCAUCCCAACUGCAAGAAGGGUCAUCUAUGCAUCCCAAUUAACAGCCAAACCGAGGCUUUUGGAGCCUGUUUAUUUGGUAGAGAUCCAGGCUCCUGAGCAGGCACUCGGUGGUAUCUAUGGUGUUCUUAACCAGAAGCGAGGUCAUGUCUUUGAAGAGCUUCAGAGGCCCGGAACUCCACUUUAUAACAUCAAGGCUUACCUCCCGGUCAUCGAAUCCUUUGGGUUCUCGAGCACUCUGAGAGCUGCCACAUCGGGGCAAGCAUUCCCCCAGUGUGUUUUUGACCACUGGGACAUGAUGUCUUCCGACCCGUUGGAGUCAGGCUCUCAGGCGGGACAGCUGGUGAGUGAGAUCCGCAAGAGGAAGGGUCUUAAGGAGCAGAUUACCCCUCUCUCUGAUUUCGAAGACAAGCUGUAGAGCUUUACGAUAUAGUGACAUGCCAACCUGGUGUGUUCCUUUGUCCCCAUGCUUAUUUGCAAGAUUUUUGCCUACCGAAGUUGCUGCAAUUUGCUUGCCUUAUGUUUUAGAUACUCAUUAUGUUAUUCGAACAAUUCUUGUUUCCAGACUAUGUUUGUAAGAUGAUUUUGACAUCUCACGGGAUUAUUAUUAUUUGAACUUGUAAUUUUUGCUA